CUAAUACGCAAAUUCCUUUAGAACCCCUAUAACCUCUAGAACCUCUCAUACGCAAAUUCGUCGCUCAAUACGCAUAUUCCAAAGCUCGAAUUGCAGAAGCUCGUUCCAGGAAUGAAUGACCUAUCAUCCUCGGGCCGAGGGCGGCCGCCCCUCCUGCCCGGGCUGAGGGACGGGCCUGUAGGAAGGCGUUGCUGUUUAAACUUUUGAAGCAGUAGUGUUGUUAUUUAUAGCAAUGAACUGAUGGAAGAUUGUUGGUGUAAAAAUUAGUGCUAUUUUCGGCAUUCUCGAGGAUGAGAUAUAGUUCGAAGGGAGGGAAUACUAAUUUCAAGAUUAGAUUAUGAACACCUCUUUUUACCGAAGCUAUUUCGACAUCAAAAUCAUGAGGUUCUCUUACAACCUGAAGUAUACAAAUAGGAGUUUUGAAUUCUCUUCUUACAUAAGUGUUAGGGGAUUUUCUUUGUGGUCAAUGAAGAAAGACCCAGACCUUGAGUCAGCUCUAGUCCACAAUCGUCGUUGGAUUGUGAAUAACCAAAUUAAGAACAUAAUAUUGAGGUACCCCAAUCAGGUAGUACCUGUAAAGUUCCUCCAGAAGAAGUUCAAGACCCUUGAUCUUCAAGGCAAAGCUCUCAAUUGGCUGAACAAGUACCCAUGUUGCUUUGAGGUCUUUCGAGAAAAUGAUGAGCAGUAUUGUCAACUUACCAAAAGAAUGAUGGGUUUAGUUGAGGAGGAAGAGUCCGUCAAGGAAGAGCAAGAGCCUGUAUUUGCCGAGCGAUUGGCAAAAAUCUUGAUGAUGACCUCAAAUCACAGAAUCAAUGUUGUAAAGCUCGAUGAAUUGAAGCGGAAUUUUGGGUUUCCUGAUGAUUAUCUUAUUAGAAUUGUUCCCAAAUAUUCAGAAAUGUUUCGGCUUAUUAACUACAGUGCGCGGAAAAGUUCAAUGGAGGUUGAGCUUAUAUCGUGGAAUCCAGAAUUAGCACUUUCCAGAAUUGAAAUGUCAGGUAGCAAACAGAAACAGAAUAUAGAACAACCUUGCUUUUUGUGCUCAUUGCCUCCUACUUGGAUUAAAUCAUGGGAGAGAUUUAACGAGUUCAAUUCAACACCCUAUAUUUCACCUUACUCAAAUUUAAGCAGCUUAAUGGAAGGAUCAAAGGAGCAUGAGAAAAGGACGGUGGCUUUGGUGCAUGAACUUCUAUCACUGACUCUGUGGAAGAAGAUGUCAAUAAUAAAGCUAGGCCAUUUCAAGAGAGAGUUUGCGUUGCCAGAUAAGUUAAAUGUUUUGCUGCUAAAACAUCCUGGCAUAUUCUAUGUAACUAAUAAGUAUAAAACCUAUACAGCCCUCCUCCGAGAGGGGUAUAGUGGCUCGAAGCUGAUAGACAAGGACCCACUUGUUAUAGUCAAGGAUAAAUUUGGGGAACUAAUGCAAGAGGGGUUACAUGAGUACAAUCAGCGAGGACGUUUAAAUAACCUAGAGAAGAGGAAAAGGAAAGGCAUAAUUGAGCCGCCUAAAAUAGAGAAAAAGAAAGGGAAUAUAUCUGAAGAGGAAGAUCAAGUAGGUCAGGUUGGACGUCUAUUUGACCCUGAGGAAAGGAAAAGGUUUUACAAGAUCCUAUUUGAAGAGGAUUCCUGAGAUUCUGUGGUGCUUCAUCAAUGUGGCAUUAAUUGGAUUUACAAGGAAUUCUGAUAGUCAUCUAUCUUGUUUCAGGAGUUGAGUUAUAUAUGGCAGAAAAUUCCAUCUGAUGUUAGGAGAUUCAUUCAUGAUCGAUUUGUAGUGUGUUGGAGUUGUUUUGGACAAAGUGAGAAUGAGCAUGGGCUUCCACCACUGAAGAAGCAGAUUUUUGUGAGGUAGAAAAUGCUACCUGUAGGAUUGGCAAUCUCAAUUCUGAUUGAGCAGCCAAGGGUUCACCAGGGACAGCUGGGGUGGAGGUGUGAUUCGAAACCGUCAUGGAUGGUAUUGACCUGCUCUUCAGCACGCUUUGGUUCAUGUGCAGCUUUUGGAACCAAGGUUAGAGCAGCGGCACUGGGUCUUGAACUGGGAAUUAGAAAGCUGCUCAUUUAAUUGGACAACAAAGCUGACAUUCAAGUUUUCCAAAGUACCAGGCAACACUGAGGAGGUUUGGUCCAUCUGACACAAGUCACACAACAUUGCAGAAAAGUAUUAGAGUGACCAUAGUUGAGAAACUUUCUUUGUGAAUUGUUAUAGAGAAGGAAGUUGAGUUGCGGAUUGGCUUGCCAGCAAAUUCGUGCAACAAUUGAAGAAACUAUUAGCCUACGACACUCUCCGCCACAGUUUGCAAUCUACAGGAUGAUGUUUCCAGAAUGCCACGAUGUGAUUACUAAGAUUUUGUUUUCUGGUUUUCUUUUCCUUUUGAGGUCUUCGCCUCUCUUUUGCACCAAAAAAGAAAAAGAAAGUGGCAGAGAAUUGGACAACGGAACGAGACUAGAAUGUCUCAGUUAAUGUAACAAGUGAAAUUGAUAGGAUUUCGAAACUAUGUAGAGCUAUACAGAUCUUAUAACAUUUGUUUGUCACAUUGCAUCAAAUACUUGCAUCCAGGUUAUUCUAUGUUGGCUGUUAUUCUUGUAUGAUAUAUAAGGUCAAGUGCGCUGUUUUUGAGUUCUGAA